UUUUUUUUUUUUUAGCUGAGAAUGUCUGUUUAAUACGCAACGCAAAAUUUAACAAUUUAGUAUUGACCAGUCAACUCUUAACUUAAUGAUGUAAAGGGCGUUUCACUACUUUCAGAAACAAUUCAAACAUACAUUUCAUGAUCAAUCAAAUUGCAUUAUAGAAACAGGUAACAACAAAAAGCAAACGCCAGGCUUUCAAGGCUGGUGCAAGUGGCAGAAUAACAACCAGAAUAGGCAACCACCACUGCAACAGCAGGAUAGCAGCAACAACAGCGACAUCAAUGAUGCAGAUGACGAGAUGCCUUCGCCAUCUCUGGAUGAGAUUUCCAGCGCCAUCAACCAGCUUCAAAGUAAUAAGUCUGCUGGCAGUGAUGGACUGGCGGCCGAGCUCUUCAAAAUGGGACCGGAGGAUUUUUCGAAAUGCAUCAGCUGAUCAUGAAAAUCUGGGAGCAGGAGGAACUACCGGAGGAGUGGAAGCUGGGUGUCAUUCAUUCAGUCUACAAAAAGGGUUACAGGCUGGUACUCUCGAAUUUUAGUGCCAUCACAGUCCUCAAUGCCGUCUACAAGAUACUGUGCCAUAUCCUGUUUUGCAGACUUGCGACCCUUGCUACAAAUUCUUAAUCUUUGAAGAUUCGUGAAUCUUUAGAGAUUCAUGAAUCUUUGAAGAUGCGACUCAAGAUUCGAAUCACUCAUCACUGAAAAUUCAUAUGAAUGAAUCUCAACGAAAUAUUCAUGACCAACACUACCAUGACCGGGGUACAGUGCAAGGUGAGAGUAUCGAACUAGACGUCGGAAUCGUUCAAAUCUCACAGGGGUCUGAGGCACUGGUGGCGGACUCUCCUGUCUGCUCUUCAUCGCCCUGGAAGGUGUAAUUCGACGACAGCGACUGUUUGUGAGGCGUACACCCGACUCAAACGCGAAGUAGCAAGAAUUGGAUUUGAGAAUCAAUGACGAAGUAUCUGCUUGGCGGAGACUCAGUCCGUGAUAAGGCCCAACUGGAACGUAGUGUAUUAGUUGAUGGCGACUACCCUGGAAAUGAUAGAAGAGUUCUGCUAUCUUGGGACGGUCGUUACUUCGGACAACGACAUCAGCAGCGAAAUCCGGAGACGCAUUAUGCAGGAGAAUCGUGCAUACUAUGGGCUUCACCGACUGCUGACAUCCAAAAGACUUUGAGCCCGCACGAAACCUGAGAUAUAUCGCACAUUGAUUCAUCCGGUGUUCCUCUAUGGAUACAAGUCUUGGACUAUUCGAGCGGAGGAUGCAAAUGCUCUGGACGUGUUUGAGCGACGCAUCAUCCGGGCCAUCCUUGGCGGUGUGUUCUAGCAUGGAGUUUGAAGGAGAAGGAUAAACCACAAUCUUGCUGAGAUAUACGGCGAACCAAGCAUCCUGACGGUGGCGAACGCUGGCAGGAUACGAAGGCUAGGGCAUGCCAUGAGGAUGCCGGACUCAUGCCCCUCCAAGAAGGUGUGAAGCGAGACCUUGGCCGGGCAUGUCACGGCGACAUGCUCCAUAGUGAGCAGAACAACAAGAGAGAGAGAGAGAGAGAGAGAGAGAGAGAGAGAGAGAGAGAGAGAAAGAGAGAGAGAGAAUUUUAACCCCUGAUAGUUGUGUAUUUAAACUUUUGCUUUUACUAAACUUUCGAACGGCUUUACAUAAAUUUCAAGCCCUUCUACAAUUUUGCAGAAUAGCUUCCAGUUUUACCUUUCUCUAGCAUCAUCAUUUUAGUUGAUUGUUUUCAACACAGCCACAUUUUUGCCAGUUUUGAUUACUUGCUAUAUUGUAUUUCAAUUUCAACCCCUGUGUCUAUGUAUCCUUUCAUACAUCAGCAGAUACUAAGAGCUUUUUUCUUUACUGUUUACUAUUGACGUUGCGCUAUACAUAAUACAGAAAGAAAAGGAAAUAUCAUCUGUUUUUUUCACAUUCGCUUUUUCAAGUUUUCUUCUAGUUUUUUUUAAGCUUCAACAGUGAGAAGCCAAAAGCUUCAAUUCAAAAAUUGAUUUCGAGCAGUCUACUGCAAGCUUUCACUGUUCGCCCGCUUGUGCUUUGAGAUACUAAAGUUUGCACUGACUGCUCGAAAAUGAUCAAUUCAAACACUAAAUCGAUAAAUAAAUGCCACUGCAGUGUGUCGCCUGUCUGUGUGUUGUACAUUUUGUUUCAUUUAUAAUAAAUUAAUGGUAGACUUACAAGCUGUUCUUAUAAUUUUACAAAUCAUCCAUCGCUUCUUGAUACCAUGUAACGUACAUUCCACAUAAUUCCACAACAACAGUGUUACAGCAAGUUUACAUUUUCGCUUGUCACACGCAUGCAAGCGUUCCUCGAUUUUUUCCCCUCUUCUGUGGGCUCUGGAGGGAAUGCGCAUGCUCCGCGUUAGGAGUAUCCGAAGCGACCACGGGGUUUCGCUCGGACAGAGGGUGUUUGUGCACCCUCUCCCUUUCUAGGCAGAUAAUGUGAACUAAUUGCGACGUCGAAAAUCAUUAGCCCACGAAAAAGGUAGAACACUGCAACGUGAAGUGAAGUGUAACACGCGCCCGAAACCCGAAAAAACGGCACUGUUUUCACAGCCUCGACCGAUGGCAUACGUGUAAGGAGGCGCAAAUCAUUAUUUUUGAGAGCCGAGUGCGAGCCGAGGCGGCAGUGCGGGCUGGCGCGGCUCAACAUCAACAUAUUUAACAUAUGUCAACACGGUACGGUGUCGCACGUACCUUGCGCUGCCCGCAGUAGCUGCCCCAAAGUGCGCCAGACGGCAUCGGAAUCGGGCACCACCGGGCUCAAACCCAAUCAACCGCAGCAACCACCACCGCCACCACCACCAACCGAACAAUAGGCAGGUCGGUACGAUGGCUGCCUCCAGCGCGUCCAAACCGCCGGAGGAUGCGUCCAAGCUGGGCUACUCGUACGUCACGCCCGCCGGGAUGUGCCUCCGGUUGCGCCAGAGUCUCGCCCAGUUCAGCGAUCUGUUCAGCGAGUUCAACAAAUACAUCGCCCCGGCGUACCAUCACGACCGGUGCGAGCGGUCCGUCCACAUGCGGCUGUACUCGAUGAACAAGCGCGAGUUUGCGACCGUCUUCCUAGCCUUCUUCGCCUGCUUCGGGCUCGGCAUCUUCAUUGGGCUGGCCGGCCCGCCCAUCACGGUGAUGAGCAAGGUGAGCGGCGGCUCGCUGCAGCCGAACGGCACGGUGGCGGCGGCGGCCGGCGACGGGGCACCGGGCGCCUACCUGGCCCGCGGCCCGUUUGUGAUGCGCACCCCGCUGCUGACCACCUACUCGCAGCAGCUGUGGAUCAUUGCCAAGCUGACGACCGACAACACGGACGACGAGAUGGUGGACAAAAAGUUCCACCUGAGCGUGCAGAUCGAGGGGCUGACAGUCGACCACAAGCCGAUGCCGGUGUACGGCGGCGCGCACAAUGGCGGCACGGACGUGCGGAACCGCACCCGCCACCUGUCCUGCAGCUACGAGGAGUGCGACGAGUUUACCGUGCUGCACAUCGGCUUCCUCGACUACGCGCACUACAUCGUGACGGUGCAGUUCUACGGGCUGGAGGCGUUCCACCAGCGGUACAACAUCCGGACCGUGCAGUUCUACUUCAAGUCGUACAAUCCCGCGUUCACGCAGAUCGAGAUCUGGUUCCGGUUCAUCUUCGUGCUGUUCACGUUCAUCAUCACGUGCUGGUUUGCUCACACGCUGCGGAAGUACCCGAUGGGCGACUGGUCGAUCGAGCAGAAGUGGCUCUCGAUACUGUUGCCGCUGCUGCUGCUGUUUAACAAUCCGCUGUUUCCGCUCAUCUUCAUCGCGAACAGCUGGCUGCCGGGCAUGAUCGACGCCCUGCUCCAGACCACCUUCCUCUGCGGCAUUCUCAUGUUCUGGCUGUGCGUGUACCACGGGCUGCGGCAGAACGAGCGCAAGCUGCUUACCUUCUACCUGCCGAAGCUGAUCGUCGUGCUGCCGAUCUGGCUGUGCGCCGUGGUGCUCGGCAUCUGGGAGAAGUGCGAUGAGCUGAACGACCCAACGUACAGCCAUUUCGAGGACUCGGAAAACUAUAACGGUUUAAAGGUGUUCGUAUCGAUUGCGGGCGCCAUGUACUUACUCUAUCUGGGACUGCUGAUGCUGAAGGCGUACUCCGAGCUCCGAUCGAUGCCAUAUUUCGAUAUGCGACUAAAAAUCCUCACCCUGCUGAUGCUGAUCGUGCUGUCAAUUUCGCUGAUCGUCACGAUGCAACAUUUCGGCUUCGACACGCUCGAGGACAACUUCAUUGCGCAGCUGUACACGAGCUACAAAAGCUCGGCCCAGUUUAUGUGCUUCUACGGUUUGCUGAACUUCUAUCUGUACGCGAUGGCCUACGUCUACUCGCCGAGCGGUCCGGCCGUGCACGAACCGAUCAUAGCGAAGGAUAAUCCAACGUUCUCGAUGAUCAACGACUCGGACGAGGAGGUGAUGUACGGUUCGGACGAGGAAAGCCGCCGGCCGCUGAACUCCGCCUGCCGAAAGGGAAACGAUUACGAUAGCGAUUAAGGCGACUGGCGACACCACUGGCGCAGAUUACGCGCAACUUACUAUUCCCAUCUCUUCCUUUACCCGGCGGCAAAAGAGUCCGUGCCGCCCAGUUCAUUUGGUUCGUGUCGUUGUCGGUCCGGGUUGAUGCGCUGCCAGCGUAGGUGCCACCCAGGGUAGGACAUUUUCAAGCAGGGUAAUUAAUUAGGUUGACACCACAGAGAAUACGUUGUGAACGCGUCAAUUAGUUUCAACCACACUCGUUUUUAUGCAUUUUCCGGCUUUGGUGCAACCCACGAUACGCGGUUGUUUACAGGGACAGCCCGCUUUGUUUACGUUCUGUGACAGCUGGUUUUCGUGGCGGAGGCGUGCACGCGCCCGUUUACCUUAACCCGGGUGCGUUUCUCACCGUAGCAAUAGACGAUGCGCAAUCUCAGAUUGCGCAUAUAUUUAUCUGUCAAACGGGUCGGUUUGAUAUAUUUAUCUGUCAAAAAAUAUAUAUAUAUCUCGGACAUAUAAUCUUGAAAAUUUAUGCGCAAUCUUGGCGCAAUCUGAAAAUGUAUGGAAAUGACGUUUAUAGCUCAGGGUUGGCUACGCGAAAUGACUUAUGUUUUGAUAAAACGAAUAUAUGCGCAAUCUGAGAUUGCGCAUCGUGUAUUAAUACGGUCACGCGCCAUCGAAUGACAGCCGGCUUGCAGCGGUGUACCCAACGGACGACAAUUUUGGCAAAACAGGCAUUUUCCUCCCUUUGCUCCCUCGACAUUGCUAGAACGAUUCUAAUCAAUCUUUAAACCAAUUGCAGCCAGAUAUAUGCGUGUGCAGGUCUAGUUGUUACAAACUAUGUAAAUGUACGUGUGUGUGCGUGUGCGUGUGUGAGUGUGCGUGUGAGUCUGAGUUUCUUUUUGCCUAGUAAACGUUAACCACCCGGUUACUCCCAUUCCCAAAAUUUUAAGGCAAGAAUAAACAUUCAAGUACGCACGGGUUGGCAUGAAUACAUGAAGUUCGUUAGCGAAACUAAGAUAAUAAUUGUUUGCAGAGAGUCAAGAAAGAGAGCGAGAAAAGGAGUAAGAGAGAAAGAUACAGAGAGAGAGAGAGAAAGAGAGAGAGAGAGAGAGAGAGAGAGAUCGCGAGAGAGAGAAAG